AUGGACGACGAGACUGAUUUAAAGCAUGCCGUUGUUGAAAAGUUGGAAAAAAAUGGAACUUUGAGCCGGAUUCAAGCAGAACUACGAGCAGCAAUAUUUCUUGCAAUUGAGGAUGAUUCGCAAACUGAGGAACUAAACCAAACAGCUCGGACUUAUCCACUAGAAUGUGCUUUAAUUUACCAUUUUUUACGACAAAACAAGCUUCCUGCAAGUGCAGCUGUUUUCGAAAAAGAAGUCAAUGGGCGACUUUUUGCACUCGACGAGUUACAAGAACAAUUAAGAGGUUGCCAUGAAUUGUGUUCAGUGUUUUCAUCCUUAUUAACAAAUCAGAAUCCUUCAAGUACACCACGUGAAGGAAUGACUGAGUGCCAAAGUCCCAUCUCUGAUCCGCAGAAAAUAUCGAACAAUGAAAUUCCAGAGAUUUGUGAUCACACUUCAGAAAACCUGGCUGCAUCGAACAUUGAGGUAGUUGAAAAGAACGAGGCCACAAAUGCCAAUUAUACUGCUAACAAAAAAAGUUUGGAUUUGCAAACAACAAAUCAUAGCAAAAGUUCAACCUCGAGCGCUAGUUCUGCUGGCGAAGGAACUGAAAUAAAAUCUGCAAACGAAAUUUUACCCUCUAUAAAUUCACUGCCUCGUCUAACAGCUCCAAACAGUUCUGUAAACAGCAGAAAUCCCCUUCAAACAAAUCCUUUUACUAAACAUUUAAACGACCUCCUGGAUGACGAUGACUCAAAGAAAACACCAGGUAAGCAUUUGAAGCAGUUAGUAGGUUUUUAA